AUGCGCUUCGUCUCAUCUUUCGUCUCGACCGUGGCCGCGGCUGCACUGGUCUCGGCGGCCCCCGUCCGUCGUGACAACGAGCAAGACUUUUUGUCUUGUCUCGCAUCCAACCCGUCGCUCAACUUUGUCAGCUCGUCGUCGAACCCAUCGCAGUUUACCAGCUUGACAGGUGAGUUCGGGCUUGUGGCCACUUCGGAAUUGCACCGCCGACGGAAUACCGAGCUGCCAAAUCUCAAUUCGGGUGUCCUCUUCCGAUUCUUCUCACAGCUGCAUUCAACCAACGUCUCUCAUCGUCGGCAUCGGCAAUCGUGAGCCCCAACGAUGCACAAGGUGUCGCAGCAGCGGUCAAUUGCGCUCGAAACUCCAACAAACCCGUGACCGCUCGAGGCGGCGGUCACUCCUACGCGGCAUAUGGCGUAGGCAACGGCAACGCCCAAGGCCUUGUCGUCUAUCUUAGCAACUUCCAGAACAUCGCGCUGGAUCAGGACAAUUUCACGGUCAUCGUCGGCGGGGGCGCUCAUCUCGGCGACAUUGCGGUCCAGCUCGACAAAUGGGGUCUCGGUCUGGCCCACGGCGUCUGUCCCUUCGUCGGAGUUGGUGGGCACGCCGCGUUUGGUGGCUUCGGAUAUGCAUCUCGUGCCUGGGGCCUCACUCUUGAUGCGAUCACCGCCUUCGACGUCGUCUUGGCGAACGGUACCUACAUCGCGGGCCUGACAAGGGACCAAGAUCCCGAUCUCUUCUGGUCCUUGUCGGGUGCGGCGCCGAACUAUGGCAUUGUGACCGCGUACCAUUUCCUCGCACACCGGAAACCCGACAACGCAGUCCGCUUCAAGUACGACUACUCGGGAGCGUCGGCUGAGACGAUGAUACAGGCUUUCCUCGCGUACCAACAGUGGGGCAAGUCGUCUUCGCCACCCAACCUCGGCAUCACUUACGCUGUACACCCUGGAGGCUCGCUUGAGAUCUCUGGUGUCUACUACGGCAGUGGGGACGCGUUCACUCAGCUUAUGACACCGUUCGAAGCGACUUUGCCCAGCGGGGCGUCGAAAAGCAUAAACUACACGAUGUCGUGGAUCGACUCGUUACAGGCGCUCGCGGGAUCGCAAGCUUUAUCUACGCAAGGUCAGAACGAUUACGUAAGUUUGAUUCCCGGCGCAACGGUCUCAGAAGUGGAGCUCUUGGCUGAUCUUUGGUGCCCGUCUCCUAUCACAGCGAGAUUCUUUCUAUGCCAAGUCGCUCAUGACGCCCGAUUCGAAUCAGCUCAUCACUGAAGACGCCGCAAGGGCCUACUUCACCUACCUUCGAAACACGCAGACGAGUACAAUGUGGUUCGUCGAGGUCAACCUCUAUGGUGGCGUCGGCUCAGCGAUCAAUGCCGUAUCACUCGAUCAAAGCUCGUUCGCACAUCGCUCGAUGCUCUUGACCUUUCAGAUGUAUGCCUCAUCAUCGACAUACGGCAAUCCCUACCCAGAGGAAGGGUUUUCGUUUGUUUCUGGGUGAGUGGGCUCCACUAUCCAGAUCGGAUCGUCCUCGUCGUCCGUCUUCUUACACACACGACAUUUUAUGUACCUCUAGCAUGUACGACGCCCUGCUCAAUCCAAUGAAGGAUGCUUGGGGUAGCACAUACGGAUCAUAUGUCAACUAUGGUAAGUUUCGACGACUGGUAUCCCCAUUUAUGUCCAUGCACGUCCUCCUGACGACUGGUUGGCUCUUUCUUUCUUCUAUCAGCCGAUCCGGCAUUAUCCUUUGACGAGGUCAAGACGCUGUACUGGGCCUCGCAAUACGACCGACUGUCGGUCAUGCGAGCGAAAUACGACCCGACACAGGUUUUUAUGAACCCCCAAGCCAUUCAGCCGUACGACCAAGCCAAGGUCAACAAGCUGGCGGAAUGA